CCUCCGCGGCCCAGAUGUGGGCUGUGGGGCCUUCGGGCUCAGGUCCACCCUGUGUCCAGCGGGGCAGGCCUCGCCGAGUCCAGUCAGUUGAAACCCACUCGGGCUCCUGAGGAUUGUUUGCAUUUGUGCAGCACCCAUGCUUUACUCCUGUGUAUGUUAUGGCCAUGACGAUCUGCACGGUCACCAGGGCAGCGGGGACCUGGGGCUCUUUUCUUGGGCCGGGCCAUCCUCCGUGUGUGGCAGAUUCCAGGUGUGCGUCCUGUCCUCCCGGCCUCAGCUUUGGCCACCAGUGCUGCCUCCACGGAGGCCACUGGGAGCUGACGGCUGGGAGCCCCUCUGGAGGUGGGCCAGGCACAGCAUAUCCUGGAGCUCCCUGAGGAAUUCUGUUGGGUUCCUGAACCAGCCUGUGCUUUGGGGGCAGGCUCCCAUGUGUUCCCGACCCUCCCGGGAGGCCUGGGCUGGAGUCUGCCGCCUGGUGGUGGGGGUCACUGACCUCUUGAGGCUGAUGUGGCCUCUGGGCCGCCAGCUGUCUCAAUUCAGGUAGCCAGUGGCACACCAGGGGGUCCCCACCAGCCAGGGUUGCCUUAGGCCCCCUUUGGGAAGGGGCAGGAGUAGCUCUGCUCUCAGGUCUGCUGCCCUGGUGGCCCCCGUCUGCACCAAGCCCCCCUCAGACCGUGGAGCCUCACUGGACGCACAGGGCAAGGUGGGCGCUCGGGUAGGAAGCGGUGUGUGGUCAGGAGCCUGAGGAAGUGUGGAAACAACGCUCAGAACGGAGGCCUGGCCGCCACUUGUCGGUGGAUUUGUUCGCUCGGCUGGACGGGAGGAGGUGGGAGAGCGGGGCCGUCGGGGGCUGCGUGGGAGGCGGGUCAGGACAAGCGCACGGGCUGGGCCGCGAAGGGGACCACGGGGGUGGAGCGUGGCCGGGCUGUUGACCCAGGUCUCGGAGGUCUCGGCAGGCGAGUGGUGACCUGUCCCCGAGCAGAGAUGGGCAGGUAGUGGGAGGUUUUGGGGUGAGGAGGGCUCAUGUUGGGGUCACACAGACACGUCUCAGUGAGGUCAGGGCUGCAACUCCACGGGCGCAGGGCUGUGCAGGCACUGCCGGCAGAUUCCACCAACCACAGGUUGGAAAUACUUGGGGAAAAAAGUUCCAGAAAGUUCCCCAGAGCAAAACUUGAAUUUGCUGUGCGAUGGCGUUGUAUGAGGUGGAGGUGAUCACGUGAGGGACGCCGGCCCCUGGAGUUUGGUGCCCGCAGGGGUCCUGGGCCGGUGCCCACCCAGACCCCGAGGGACGAGUGAGCAGGCAGCUAGGCGAGGUUGUUGGUCGGGGUCCAGACCACAAGGCGUGGCACUUGGACCCUCUGGUUUCCCAGCACGUGUAGGCGUUACGUGUACACUACACGGAGGUGUGUUCAGUGUGCAAUGGCUCUGUCUUAACAGCGUUCGUGCCUUAAUUAAAAGGACUUCUUCACUGCUACAUGCUAACCAUCCUCUGAGCCUGCAGUGUGUUGAAGCAGCGACGUCACUGGUCACCAUACAAAUAUAAUAAUGAAAAAGUUUGAAAUAUUGCGAGAAUUACCAAAAUGUGACACAGAGACACAGAACUCUGAGACUCAGGAGGAAGUGGUCCGGGACAUCGCCAGGCAGCUCGCCCAGAUUGGGGACAGGAUGGAGUGCAGCAUCUGUCCGGGGCUGGUGGCUGGCCUGGCCGCGCAGUUCGGUAACACGAGCCUGUCGGAGGAGGACAGGAGGCGGUGCCUGGCGGCCGCGCUGCAACAGCUCACACAGCUCUACCCUGCGGAUGUGGACCGCGAGAAGACCCUGCUCCUGCUGACCCUGCUCGUGGCCAAAAAGGUGGCUGACCACUCGCCAGCUGUGCUCCAAGAUGUCUUUCACACCACAGUGACCUUCAUCAACCAGAACCUUCUCGCCUACGUGAGGAACUUAGUCCAAAACGAGAUGGACUGAAGGGACGACUCAACAAAAGUGCGACUGGUUACAACUUGAGAUGGUGACAGCAGCGUAGCUGUCUCCACAGAGAUGGAGCCUCGGCCACUUAAACAUGCUCAGAGAAGACAGGCACGAGAUGGCAGCUCUGUAUCUCUCACCAUUUUAAAGCCAGGGACCAUUUAGGAAUUUCUUCAUGUACGUGUGUGAAUGUUUCACAUCAUCUACAUCCAUCCACACACUGUGCCUUUACCUAAUGUCUGCUGGAAAGGUCCCCCCCUGAAAAUCAGAUCUAGAAGCGGAUCGUGAGUUCCCUGGUGGUCCAGUGGUUAGGACUCCUCUGCGCUUCCACUGCAGGGACCAGGUCUGAUCCCUGGUCGGGGAACUAAGAUCCCACAAGCUGCAGCCAAAAAAGAAAAAAAGAACAA